CCGCAGUUCACUAGAGGGCGUGGAUAUAGAGUACAAACUGGUUACUAGACCAGUGUUGUCAACGUUCACCGUGACGUCCGUUUGGUCGAGUGAUUGAUCUUUCUGCCUUUAUAUCUAUGACUGUUAGCAAAAUUAAACUUUUAAAGAUAAUAAAUAUUAAAAUUAUAUGAGGUAAUAUUAAGGUAAAGACCCGUGUUUUCUUUCAAGAUGACUUAAGAAAUUGAUGAUGUUAUGUUGCCACUUAUUUCAGUCACGCAUUACGCUACAGUUGAAAUUUCUAAGCAUUUAUGAGAUAUAAAUCUGAAAUAAUUUCCACCAAAUAAAGAAUAAAAUAGUUACUGAAUGAAUGCAAGACAAAUAUUCUUCUGUUUCAUUGUCAGUUUGCUGGCUAUCAUUAUAUAUCUUCGGAAAUCAACCAUUAUUGUAGAAAAUGUGAGGCUUAAAAAAUGUCACAGUGAUAUUAUUAAAAAUAAAACAGUAUGUAGUUUAAUCUGUUCUGAUGGAGAGUUUUCAUUACCUGGCAUGACUUCUUGUCUUCAAUGGUUAAAUUGUGAAGAUAAACUAACUAUAGUGUCAACAAUUUCGAUCAGUGUUGUCAAGUCUGUUUAUUUGGCAAGAUGGUCCAAUUAUGAAGUUGUACUUUCAGUGCUAUCAUCAAAAAUCUAUAAGGAAGAUUUCAAACAAAAUCUUUUUAUGAUAAAAUCUCUUGCAUCACAUAAUCAAGUUGUGGAAUUAAUUGGAUUUUGUAAUAACUCUAUAGUUACAAAAUAUUAUAGAUUUGGAAGUGCUUUAAAUGCAAAUUAUCAUUUAAGACAUUCUUUGCGUUCCUUUGACAAUAUUAAAAUGCGUUUAAAUCUUUGUAUUAGUUAUGCAUCUGUGAUAGAAUUUUUGCAUUCGAGUCCUGUUGGGGUUAGAGUUAUGUGUGACUCUAAUUCUUUGGAAAAAACUUUAUCCCAAUAUUUAUUGACUGAUAGUUUUGAAAUAUUGGUUAAUGAUUUAGAUGCAACACCUGAGGUUCAAAAAAAUACUAACAAGGGUGUAAUUUGUGGUAAUAAAUUAUUGAGUGGAACAUUUGUUGCUCCAGAACAGUUGUGGCCUUUUCCAAAUUAUGAGUAUGAUCCUGAAAGAAUGAUAUCAUAUGAUGAAAAGACUGAUGUUUGGAAAAUACCAGAUGUUUGUAAUUGGUUUUUGGGUAACAGUUCCAGCAUUGAUUUCAUAAAAUAUAAAUUAUUUACUAUUCAUAAGCAAUGCAAAAGUGUAGAUCCUUUGCAAAGGCCAACUGCUAGUCAUGUUCUUGAAGUAUACAAAAAUAUUUUUUCUGAGAUUUAAGGCUUUAUAAUUCUUAAAAUCUGUUACACUUUUAUAUUUUUCUCAUUGCAACUUGUCAGGAUUGCUCAAGCAGCAACAUUUUUGAAAUGGUCCCUUUCCUCACAAUUUCAGGUUAAUAUGGCAUGAAGUGUUUCAGUAUACCUGAAGGCCCUGAACUCGAGAGACGGAGGUCUGUGAUUCUGUGCUCAGUGCUCCCCUAAAGUCUAUCAUCAUGUCAGUUUCUUUAAAUAUGUACAUAAUAUAUUUAAGGUUUUAUUUUGUUAUUUAAAUAGAACAUUCCCCUACAUCAUUUCUGUUUCCUCAUUGCGUGUACAUAAUUUCAUACUUUUUCAGUGGAAACAGCAUUUAUUUUGUUUCCUGUACAUUUGAAGAGCGUUAAUAAAAUUGUUCGAAUUGACA